AUUGCUGUUGUGUAGAGAAGAUGGUGUUACUCAAGAAGCCAUCUCAUUCGUGGUGGUUUGACAGUCGCAACAGCCCAAGGCGCUCUCAAUGGUUCCAAUCCACCCUUUCAGAGCUAGACGAGAGGACAAAGUCAAUGCUGAAAUUGAUCGAGGAAGAUGCAGAUACUUUUGCUCAGCGAGUCGAGAUGUACUACAAGAAGCGACCGGAACUAAUAAACAUGGUUGAAGAUUUCUACCGUACACACCGCUCCUUGGCUGAGCGAUUCGAUCAGCUCAAAUCAGACACUGGAACCCGUCUACCAAUACCAUUGGAUUCCCCCCUUCACACCUCAUACCGGUUGCAGAGAUCGACAAGCCCAACAGAGAAAUCCUAUGACAGCUACUCGGAGACCUUUGAGUCAGAAGACUCUGGGGAAUCUGAAGUUGAUGACCCUGAGCCAGAGGUGGAAGGCCAAGUUGGAACCAUAGAAGCAGAAGAAGUUCCAAGCAAAAAUAAUGAUAGUGACGUGAUGAAACAAUUGAAAGGAGAAAUAGAGAGAAUCAAGGAGGAGAACAGGAUUCAGAAAGUCCAACUGAUUGAGAAAGAUGAAGAGAAGAGGGAAGUGAUAAGACAGCUAAGCUUAGCUUUGGAGAUCUUGAAGGAGGAAAAUGUUAAUUUGAAGAAGCAUCUUGCUACGAAGUCUUCACCAGGGAAAAGGGCUCCCUUCCAACUUAACAAACUAAAGAAAGUUUUUAUAGGCAAGUUAUUUAGUGGGUCUUCAGUGUCUCAAACCAGUCUUGUACCCCUUUGAGGAAGGAUUAUUAUGUAGUUAGCAAAAUUUAACAUUUAAAUCAUGGCUUGUAUGCUUAGUGAGUA